CAUAUGCCAAUCCCAAACCCCCAAGUCCAUCCCUCCCACCCCCUACCUGUCCCCUUUGGUAACCAUAGGUUUUCAGAAAUUUCUCCAAGUAUGUGAUUGGUGAACCUGCCUUAAAGUAGCAGCAAUAUAUUAGACACUGGACAAAGCCAAGAAUCCGUGAAUGUCCCUGAACAGCCACAGGAAAACUGAAAGUCUUAAGGAGACAACUCUGUGGCAAGCAGUUUACUGGCAUUUACCUGAGGAGGCCUGAGAGUUACUGAGGGGAGAGUAAGUCAUAAAUGCACCUUGAAGCGUGACCGUGGGAGGAGCUGUGGGGUUUGUUGUAAUAAGCAACCGGAGCUCUGGCGCGAUGCCUUACUACAUUAAUUUUCCAAGUCCUUUGGGUGGGUCACAAUUGCACUUUAACAUCCUGUCUGCAAAUGCUAAAUAAAUACCAAGUUCACGUCAGACUGGAGAACCAACGUACUAAGCAAUGUCCUUUAAGAAAUCAGAAUGCUUGAAUUAUUUUCACUUGAUAAUUCACAUCCAAAAUAGCUGAAGUUGGCACAUCCAGACAAAUAUAUAAUCCUCGGGGAAAUAUUCAGAAGGAUGGGAGAUGGAGGUCAAAUCCCCUCAUUUUAGGAGCAACUUGGAUCCAUUUAGAUUAUGUCUACUUUAAUAGAACAGUUUUUAUUUCAGAUGCAGGAAGUGGGGCAUAAUAAGAGAUGUUGAGAUUACAGCAUAUCAACUUCAUUUCUUACUGAAAAGCUGCGAGGAAUUUGCAAACCCGGAGACUUUGCAUAUAGAAAUCAAUGAAAUUUGCAUAUGAUUUUCAAAAAGAAAUAAGGUUUAGAAAACAUUGUGCAAAGGAACAGGCUUGGCACAUGUAGCCACUUGUCCAGCAACAAUACAUUAGAUUUUUCAGUUUAAACCAUUGCAGCCCGACCUGAUACAACAUACAUCCUGUUGAAUUUUUAAGAAGCAGUUUUCAUCUCUGCAGCCAACUGCAAAGUGUAACAUUUCAGUAAAUACACUCAAAAUGAACAGCUGCUAAGUCCCCCAACCCCUCUCAAAUUUACUUUUGACUGGAAAUUUUAGCUUUCAGCGCAGGACUUUGAGAAAAUGAUUUUUUUUUAAGGGAAGAUAAACAAGUUUAUGGCAGAGGGGUGUGUUCCUUAUAAAGGUGCUCAGAGAAUCUUACCCUGAGUAACAUAGACACCUCAUUUACCAGAGGAGGAAAUGAUUUUAUAAAUUUUGAGAUGUCUUCUGUCUGCUUGGAUGGUUUACACUCCCCAUCUCUGGUGCUUUCCUACAGUGGAGGGAAGCCUUGUAAGUUUCAGCAAUUGGCUAGGCAGGCUGGGUGCUGGUUGGGUUUUUUUUUUUUUUUUUUUUCCUCUCUCACUUCCCUGCAAUGUUUUGAACUGCCUUCCUACAGACGUCAUACAGCCCUUGAGGAAUAGUUUCAGCCCGGUCAGAUUGAAUGAUAGUUCCCAUUCACUAAGGCUUGGAGUCAGAUUCUAAGCAGGGGACACAACGGAAAUUACAUUCACAGGUACAGCAGUGGGCUCGGCCCAAGUUGGAGAGCUUUCUUCCCUCCCUGACUUCUUGGCUCCCCGCAAAGAGUGUUUUCUUGUGGUCGCUCUGAAAUGGAACUUCCCUGACAGCUCUCCGGCGUUCCAGUACCUCGCGGUCAUUUUCGUUUCCUUUCUCUCUACCUGAGCACUUUUCAAGUGUGGGAAACCUUUCAAUCUCUUCUUAUGGAAUUGCAAAAAAGAUGUGAUCAAGUGGCUCUUUCACUGUGUUGGUCGCCUUUGUGACCAGAUGAAGAAGAGAUUCACAUUCCAGUUCCUCCCUUGGCAAUGCAAAACAGAAAACAAACUGUCACUUCCGAACAGCCUAAUGCUGGAGUAAAUUCACUGUGAAAGAGGAAAAAGCUCCUGUGUCUUAGGAACUUCCCUCUGUUCUGGACUGGGGACAGGAGUUGGACUCCGGGAAAUUUAGAUUUCUUCAAGCAAUCCCCCUUGGAAAUGGAAUAUAUUUCAAGCCAUCUUUGCAGAAGCACAGCUGAGAUGUAUAAACAGAAUACUUGAAGAUAUUUUUUUUUUCUUUUUCCCUCUCUCUUUUUUUUUUCCUCCAAAAUGAGCAUAAUUAUGAAGCCGAGAUCCCGGUCUACAAGUUCCCUGAGGACUUCGGAGGGAGUGUGGUAACACGCUUUUCUCUCUUGCUUCUCCCCUUCUUUCCUGUUAAGAUUGACGUAAUAGUGGAGUAUUUAGUAAUUGCUGACGAGAUUUGAGAGUUAGGUGUGAUGUUAGGGCUUUGCCAGAAAGAGCAGUGUUGGUGACACUUUCCUUGUCAGUUUUGCUCCCGAUUUUGUCUGCUCUAAAACAGGGGUGCCCACGUUUUUUUUAACUCCAUGUGGACCGUAGCAAUUCAUUUGGUGUCAGUUUUUACAAGAGAAAAGAAACUUGCAAAAAUGUUGGGAGUUUAGGACAAAAAAAAUUUGUCAUUUUUCACUGUCUGAUUCAGUUGCUUGUUUUCUUUCUUGCCUGAUGCAAGCAGGCUGGUAGUUGACAGUCUUUGAGGUGAUCUUUAGAAGUAAUACCUUGGCUCUUAAUACAGGAUGUGUUAGAGAAAUUAAUAAUGUUAUAUAGUUUAAUCAUAGGAACCAACUUUAAUUGUGUGACUAAAUGUAUAUCAAAUUGCUUAUCAUUCAGAAAUCCCUUAUGUUUUAUUUGGUUAAUGUACUGUUCCCUAAUAAUUAUGGUUUUUGGUAAUUUUCAUCCUAAUGAAAAGUAUGUUAAUUUCAAUCUAGUCUAAUAUUUAAUUCUUCUACUUCCUCAUUGUUUGAUAUGCUCAUAUGCAUAUGGUCCCUAAGGAAUAUUCUUUCAAUAAAGUAACUUUUGUGUCCAGAGAUAGUUACUUACAAAAUAUUUAUAUCCUGUUUCAGAAGUUACUUCUAUUUUGUUUAUCUUAGUGAUUUAUUGUAAAUAAUUAAGCUCACCUCUUUGAAAUAGAAAUAAUACUUCUUUAGACAGGAAAAAUAAAAGCAGUGAUUGAAGCAGGUGUUGGGGGUAGGAUGGAAACAGGCAGGCAAAAUUAUUAUGUAGAAUUAUUUGAGCAAGCAAACACACAUGUAAAUACUCAUUUACGUAAGGAAUUCAGCCCAUAUUUAUGUGGUUGCUUUAUUGUUUGCUGUUGUUGUACUAGUGUUUAAUAGGGGAUUAGAAUCAAGAAUUGUCCCUUCAGUGGUAUUUCUGUGAGUUUUAAUAACCUGUAGAUGUAGAUUUCUUACAUCAUCUCUUACAUCAAUUGUGAUUUUUUUUGAAAUAAAAGAAUAGUACAGUAAAUUCCUUCUUGAGUUUAUUUAAAGAAAAGAUUGUGUCUGAAAAUAAGUUUGUAAGGCUACUUUAUGCCAAAUAAAUACUGGGAAAUAAAUACUUAGAAUCCUUUUAUUAAUUACCUUAGCUAGUAUAAAACUCUAAUAUAAAUGGGUAAAAUUAGAAUUUAUAAAAUAAGUGAAUUUUAUUCAUAUUCACUUGUGAUUUCUGUCCUGCUUCUGUGAAAACAGGCUCUUAUAUGUGAAUAUAUAGUAUUUAACCCAUCUAUUUCCCUCUUUGCCUAAAAUGCGGGGAGACUUAUUUCCAAAUUCAGAAUCCAAUCAAUCAGGAACAAUUAGUUCAUUUCAGGAGAGCAGUCACAUUGACGUCCUUUACUCCCUCGAGAUUAUCACAGUCUAUUUUUAUCCACAACUAUUCAUUUUAUUAUUCUAAAUUAUGUAAGGUAUUUUCAUAAAUAAAUAGGGUCGCAGUUUCAAGUAUAUAUUUUAAAAUAUUGAUUUAUGUAUGUAUAUGUUGUUCCACUUAAUUUUAAAUAGUUUACAUAGUGUUUGGGUCAGAAUGGUGUUUAUGGAAGAAAUAAAUGUCCCUCUUUAUGCUAAUGACUCCUGACAGCACACUACAGAAACCUCCACAGUUAUUAUUCUUACAUCUGUCUUGUUAAUAAUUGAACUAUUUGGACAUAUCACCGUUGCCUCUCAGUCAUUUGACCUAAGGUUUCAUCUGCUGUCAUUACAGUUUAACUGUUUUGCUAUUCCUUUUAUCAUUCAAAUUCUAUACAUACACAUGUAUUUACUUAUUAUAUUUUUAUAUAGUAGACUCUACAUAGAUGACAGAUUAGGUGUACAGAGGAAAUAUGCAUGUGCGUGUGUUUGUGUAAAUACACACACAUGCCCUAGAAAGCUCAGCGAGUCCAUAUCCUCUCAUCAGCUUUUUUGUUGUAACUUAACCCACCACAACCCCCAUUCCUUUUCAAAAGCCAAAACCUACUUCAUCGGCUUUAACAGUUGACUUCCCACUAUAGAGACCAAAUCAAUAUUCCUUUUUCAGAUGAUUUUAUUUUAUUCUGCACUUGAGAAUAUUUUGUUCUUGGGGAACCAUCUUUUGCCUUAUCCAUCUUUAUGCUGCCUAUAUAAAUCUAUUUCCCAUUGGCCCAUUUUCUUUAAAACUGCCCAUUUUCCCCCUGAAAGCCUCCAAACUAAAUGCUACCUUUGCAAAUUUGCUAACUGCCUUCUGCAAGAAUCCGGUGCCGCAGAUUACUUUUUCUUUACUUUUUCCUCCUUCUCUCCAAACGGUACCGUUAAAAAAAAAAAAAAAAAAAAUUAACUGGUUAUUUACAGCGCUAAUUAAAUUCCUAUGAGCCAUUCACAUUUUAGAAAGGGAUUUCACAACAAACUCCUAGUGAUAUUCUAUAUUCCUCUUCUUAAUUUAUCUUCUUAAAAGAUAAGCCUUAUUUAUAGUUAAAAUCCUACGAAUGUCCAAAAAAUGAGCUAAAAAUAAUUUCAAAAUUAAUCUGUUAUGUGUCUUAAUUUAGAUUUAUCAACAAUUAUAUAUUAUAAUAAAAUUAGAAUCCUAUAGCAUUUUGCCAUUUUAAAAAUAUAUCCCAGAGGUACUUCUCAUUAAUCCAACCCAAACUUAUGUAAUUACAAAUAUAAAGAGAACUUUGGUCAGUAAAACUGGACUUUGUUCUUUUCUGCUGUCAGAAAUUCUUAUUUGACAUAUGCUUGUGAUAUUCAAGAUUGUUCAUUCUAUAAUCUGGGAAAAAUUAUCUAAAAUAUGACUGUGGGUUUUGUAUAAAGCAAAUUUUGAAGCAGAUUGUUAAAUAUCUAAAAUUGUACUUAGGUUUAUAGGCAUAGGAAAAAAGUCUAGAAGGCUUUCAAAGCCUUUGGUAGUGGUUACCUUUUAAUAUAAAAAUGGCAGGAAUGGUGGUAGAGAGAUUUUUCUCUCUUCUUGUCGCUGUACUAUACUAUGUGAACUCUUUCAUCAAAGAAGUGUUAUACAUGGAAGUUUAAAUAUAUUAAAAAUGUAAUUACCACAUUCAUCAGCAAGCUCAUCUUUAUAUGUAUAAGUAUCUGUAUAUCUGGUAAACAACAAUUUGCUUAACGUCCAAAAUAUGACAAAUGAGAAUUUCACUACUGAGAUGCAAUUUUCUGAAUUACAUUGCUCCUCAGAUCAAUAAGUGAUUGCUUUUUUUCUAUUAACUCUUUUCUCCUAGGGUUAUAAAAGUUCAGAUUGGCUGAGAAUUCUUAUUUUGGCUUCAUGAUCCCAGUAAAAAGCAUCUGAGUAGACUAAAAUUACUUGUUUUUCUAAUUAAGAAUAAAAGGUGUAUGUUUUGGAGGGAAAAUUAUUUAUAAUUUCCAGUAUCCCAUCCUCAACUAUUUUCACUUUUUACUUUACUUGCAUAUACUGAACAAUAGUAAAUAUUAGUUCUGUGCUCUCCUCCAUUUACAUGCACUGUUUUUUAUGUUUCUAAUAAUAAUACUUCUAACUUUCAUUUUAUUGAAUAUAUUUUAUGAAUGAGAACUCUGUGGAGAAUUUUACAUACAGCAUCGUGUUUACGUAUUAUAACAACAUUGAAAGGAAGGAGUUAACCCACACUUUACAGAUGAGGCAAUGAACCUAUGAGGUAAAAUAACUUGAGCAAGGUCUUUAAUCCUGGACUGGGAUUUGAACCCACGCUGGUCUAUUUUAGAGGGAGUGCUCUUUCUACUGCAGCAUGUCUCCUGCUGCAUAUAUACCUGCUGUGUAUAUAAUUGUCAUGUUUAAUAACUGUAAAAUUCUCCGUUCUGUGAGUGUAUCUAAAUGCAAUAAAAUAUUUAGUCAGAUAUUAAACAAUUGAAAAAAUAAAUUGGAUGUUGUCUUUUUAGAGGUAUGGCAGCCUAUGAAGUUUAAGGAUGAUGUCAGGCAUUGGAAAAUGACUAUUUGAAAGACUUUUGUAAUUAUUCUCUACUGAUUACAAAUAGGUCAUCUCUUCCCUAUUUUGGAGAAAUAAAAGACCAAGGUCAGUUCUUCGCAGUUCUAAAUAGAUCAUCUCUCCAACUAUGUUAGCAAGUUUUAUGCUUUGUUCUCUGCAAGCUCUGUAAAGUUCAGGUAUAAAGUAAGUACUGCAUCUCAGACUUUAUAUGAACUUUCAUACUGUUUUAAGUCACCUUUCAAAAAGGUAGAAAAUCUUCCUUCCUAUAUCUUUUAUCAUACAAACUUUUAUAAAUGGGGAAACAAAUGGAAUCUGCAUACUUUCUGCCUGUCCAACAUACACUGUGUCUUGGCUUACUUAGGGAAGUGACUAUUCUCAAGAUUUAUUCUAAGUCUUGAACAUGCAAUAAACUUUUUUGAUCCUAUUACCUGAGUUUUUUUUUUUUUUGUUUUGUUUUGUUUUUUUUACAUCUGUUAUAUAAUAGACCUAGAGAUAAACAGCUUUUAGGAGAAGUGGUUAAGUACCUUGAACAUUAUUUAAAACGUAAUGUUUUAAUGCCAAGGAAGAACAGAGUGGAUCACAGAUAGGUUUAUUCUUUAAAGUCAUAAUUUAUGAAAUUCUCUGGAAAAGCCAUUUGUCUCCCCUCCUUCUAACUUGCUUUAUGUCCCUGGUGAAACCACCUAAUCCCUCUAUAGCUAGGUUUACUCACCUAUAAAAUAAAGAGGGUGGGCUGACCAGUGGAUUUCAAAUAUGUAUUUUCAAUGAAUACUUUUUAUAGAUGAUAUGCUAAUAUAAACAAGUCAGUGUAUACAAAACAUUUAAAUAUAUAUACUUAAAUAUAUAUAUUUAGUAUAUAGAGAUAAUUUUUAAAAUGACAUCUAGGUAGGAUAUAUAUUAGUAAAAAUGUAUAAUCAUGCAUAUGACAGUAAAACAUCUGCUCAGUUAGCUCCUUUGUCCCCCAACCCCAACCUAAUGCCCAUCCUUGCAAUACCACUAAAGAGCUCUAAGGGUUCCAAGGACUGUUGUUUGAAAACCACUUAGCUAAUAAACUACCAUGAUCCUUUAUAGUUCUACAUUCUGUAGUGGUACCCUACUACCAGAGAGUCUUUUGUGAUUUUUUUUUUUUUUUUUUUUUUUGUAUCACUAUGUGAACUGGGAUAAACUUGCUGGUAAUUAAACUUCCUGGAAAGUUCAAAUAGUAGCAGUUCAAAGACUUGAACGGCUUUAACGUUAUAGAAUAAUUCUUAUUUCUGGGAGAUCAGAGAACAGUUAUAAUAGUUAAGCUCCUUUAAUUUUAUUUAACAUCUGAUUUUUUACGAGUUUAUUUUAAACUUGUUUAGGAUGGGAAAAAUCAUUGCUAUUAAAUAUGCAGAUAGCUGACCUGUCAGGCAUUCAACAUGGUUAUCGAUAAAGAAAUGCUGAAUUGGUUUCACAUUGUUCAGGAGAAGGAUGUUUCUGUGGUUCGAAUAUUUCAAAAUGGGGUUCUCAACCACUCUUUCUAUCCUGUCACUGGUGAAUAAAAUUCGUAGGUUAAAUUGCCCAGGCAAUACUCUCCUUAGCUACAUUGCACUCUAUAGGCUCCAUGUGACUAAAACAUGGCUGUGGUUGGGUAUGUGGUUAUGUGUGUGCAGCUUAGUCCGACCUGUCACUCUGCUCUUCUCUUCCCCAUUGACCAUAGUGUUGGCCCAUCACUGAAACCUGUCAGCAUAGGUCUUCACCUAAUAAGCUCACUUAUUAGUCCCUGUGCCAGUCAUUGCAGUCAUGGAGUGAAUUUUAUGAAAUCAGAAGGGAUGAGAACAUGAACACAAUCAUGAGGGUAGGAAUGGUUAAUCAUGGAUCAAUCCACCUGUCAAGAUUGAGAAAGUAGAUCACAAGAUGAAACUGAAAAGGUUCAAGGAGAUUCUCCUUAGAAAAAGAUGCCUGUAAGAUAUGUAUAGAUACUCUGAAUAAGAGUAGUGCUGAUACAGAAUUGUGACAUACAGAAUUGUGAAAGCUUAGAUAAAUGUAACAGGAAUGGGACCUGGGGGCUGUUAACUAGGACGGUGAAGAAUAUCGUCACAAAGAAAGCACAGUCUUAGUGAAAACCUAACAAAGAUUUUUAAAGUAUCUCUUCCAGAGAUUAUCCACCUACUCAGGAGGUAAAAUAGAGGUGGAAGAUAUUUUAGAAAAUGGGUAGUAGAAGUGAAGGAUGCUCUAGCCAAGAGCACUACAUCUUUCCAGGGAUCAGGGCCUACAGGAAGCCUGGGAGUACCAUAGAGGCACAAAGACAGUGAGCCUGGAUAAGUACAAUUAAGCAUAACCGUCUGAACAUAACUAAUGGGAGCCUAUGCCUAUGAUGUGUCUCGGCUCUCUAAAUGCCCUGCUCUGUGGUCAAGUUUGGCUUAAACUAGGAAGUCCUUCAGAAGAAUGGAGAGUAGAGAGAAUCCCAGAACCUAUGGAUGCAGUUUUUAGCAUCACAGGGGAAAGAUGAAUGAUAGCUAUUUAUUAUCUGUCUUCAACCCUUUUGGGGGUUGGCUUUCCCAGGAGCAUCCUGGGUGAUGAGGAUGUAAAGUGGGGAAGCUAAGCUAAAGUCUUAAAGGGUAAAGUCAACUCUUUUGAAGUGAGAAACAAUAUGGGAAAGAUUGUGGGAAAAGAGCCGAAGAAGUAGCUAGAGAGGUAAGAGAGGAGGUCAGAGGGGAGGCCCACGUGGAAGAACUUCAGACACCCACCACCUGGCGCCCUGCCCUCUCUAAUCACACUGCCACCUUCUGGCAAAAGCUCCAGUAAUGGACUUGAAUGCAGAAGCAGUUUUUUUGGUUUUUUCACUCCCCCUUCAUCUCAACGCUAAAAGCUUUGGCUUUGGCCAGAGGAUCAAGAAAGUCAGCUUCAAGUGUUUCCCUUUCUAUUGUUACAUGAAGGAGAAUAAGAAAUGAGAAAAACAGAAACAAGGCAUAGAAUCUAUGCACACAGGGAUUACAGCCUCCAAAGCUUCCUUACAGGAAAGAUCCUGAUGUUUUACAACCCACACAGUUAAGACGUUUUGUUUACACCCCUUACUAAUCUCCCUUGCUUAAAUUUUAACCCAUUUCUUCCUAGUUAUCAGGGGUAGGGAAUCAAUAGAUAAGCAGAUUCUCCUUUAUGACGUUUGAAAACUGCAAAUAAGUGACUUCAUGGUCUUUUAUCUUUUUUUUUGGCCAACUAUUCUUUGUGAAGUGCAAAGGAGAUGACACCAAUGUGACUUGUUCAAAGAAAUGUUUCAUAAAACAUAGUUUCAAUAUGUAAUUGUUUUCCAGCCUCACACAGAAGAGUUCUCCCAUUGUGCCUCAUUCUUCCUGUUUCAAAUACAUUCAAGAUGAGCAAUUCAGCUUUUUUAAAUGAAUACGUAUAAAAUAUUCAUGUAUCUAUGAAAUACAGAAAGUAAUAAUUCCCAACAUCCAUGCUGUCAUUCCACUGUAUGUGGUACAAAAUUUCUUCUUUGUGUCAAGGGAUUUAUAUGACUGAGACUGUUUUGGUUAGGAAAAAUUCCUGCAAAGUAUGUCAACUUUUAACCCAUGGCCUUCCAGGAAGUAGAGAGCUGCUGCUGUGAUGUUUCCUCUGAGGCAGCUGUGUCAUGGAACAGCAGGUAGCUGAUUGGCAGCUGGAUCACCAGCAGGCUUGGACAACAGCUCCUAAGUCUAUUGUGAUAGUUAGAGCAAUAACCAUCGCACUGAUGAUAGCUGUGCAGUACUGAGCACUUAGUGUUUGUCAGACAUUGGACUUGGUGCUGCACUCAGUUCUGCCUUCAAAACAACCAUACGAGAUAAAAUUGGGGUUGUACAGCUCUUAAAUCACAGUGUUGAAGAAAACAUGGUCUGAUCCUAAAUCCCCCAUCUGUUGUUGCUGCUGCUGUUGUUGUUUUUUCUUUUUUUAAUUUGCUUUUUCCCACUCUUUCCACUGCUUUACCCACCCAUGGUUCUGUUUCCUGGGCUUCCAAAAAGUGGUCAGAAGACUGCUGCUUCAGCCUUUUCCUUCCUGUCCUAGCUUGUUCAAGUUUCUCCUUUUAACCUUGUGCAGCUCAAGAACAAAUAUUUGUUAUAUUUGCCUGCCUUCUUUCUCGAGAUUUGCAUGCACAUGUCCCACCAGGGACCCAUAGAAAUGGAUGGAGAAGUAGAAAGUAGACUUUGACCCAGCUUUGUUCUCUAGAGAUCUAGCUAGGUCCUGAUGCAUUCAAUUUAUUGACACUCUCCCCUUGGUCAGACUAUAAAUUACACUGUCUUCUUCCUCUCUGGCAUUUGAACAGUGAGUAGAGCCAUAAAAUAUUUGAAAUGAAUGGGACCACAGAGAAUAACCUAUAAUCUAAUUCUCCCCGCCCCAACCCCAUUUUGGAAGUGGAAAAGUUUUGCUGGUCUUUAACAGUCAAGUAGGGUCAAGAAAAAUGGUUAUAAACAAUGUCAGUGCUUUUGUGGCAAAAGACUUUGUUGGAAAAAUAUUAAAAAAAAAACAUAAACCCUCAGACAUGAAGUUUGAGAUCAAAUAGAGAGCUGAAACUUAGACGUCAGGCAAAUUCAUGAAACCAGUUAAAUUUAUAAUUUGUUUGGGACUUUAAUGUAAUUCUGUAACUUAUGUCUAUGAAGUUAGCUAAUGCCAUAACAAUUCUAUCAUAACUUCUCAUAAAAUUGGCUUGGAGGAAUAUGCGUGGAGAAAUAUGGAGACUGAGUCCUCAGCAAUCUCCUGAAGGAAAUUCAAGACCAUUGCUUUGACCACAGUGUUCCCCACAUAACAGAACUCUGAUCAUUACACUUUUUUCUGGAUGUCACAUAGCUAAUUAAGUUGCUAAAAUUCAUGUGUUGAAACUGUAACUUCGUCACCUGCCGUUCUUCUAGUAUAGCCUUCACAGAAAUAAAAUCAUGGUAAUCUCUAUUUACUGAGUACUUACUAUGUGGCAGGUACCAGGCUGUGCAUUUGACAAGAAUUAUCCUAAAACGUUCUCAUCAGAAAUCCUGUGAGGCACCUGUUAUUAUUACUCCUCAUUUAUUAAACUGGUGAAGCAAACUCACCCAAGAUUGUGUGGCAAAUAAGAGAAUUCAUGGAUUCACAUGCUUUUUAAAAUUAUUAAAUGCAGAGUUCCAACCAUGGUGCAGUAGGUUAAGAACUUGACUACUUCAGCUCUGGUUGCUGAGGAACUGCAGGUUCGAUCCUCAGCCCCACUCAGUGGGUUAAAGGAUCUGGUUUUGCCCCAUCUGUGACAUAGUUUGCAGCAGUGGGUGGGAUUCAGUCCCUGACCUGGGAACUUCUGUCUGUUGUGGGUGUAGCCAUUAAAUACAUACAUACAUACAUACAUUAAAAUAAUUAAAUAUUACCUUUAGUCAUGUUAAUAUGUCAAAUGAGUUAAUUAACUUAAUUAAAGUUAAUUAAAGUCCAUAGCACAGUAGCUGAUUCCUUGUGAUUGCCAGCAAAUGUUAGUUUGUAUUACACAUUUUUCAAAUUUGUGUAUUAGUGGAACUUUUUAAAUAAUCAAGAACUGUAAGUGUGAAACUGAUUCUGUGUAUAAGGGCUUCUUUUCCAUAAGGCAGUCUUCUUCUUGGGCACACCUCAGAACUGAGCAUUUAUACAAAGCUUGGUAUUCUGGAUAAAUUACAUUAACCCUGUGAUUCAAAGAAGACAUCCUCCUCUUCAGGUGGAUCAGAGAAGUAAACUCCAUAGAGAAGGGGGCAGAGUAAGAAGUGAUCAACUGGAAACUAAAAUGCCUGUGAUUGAGUUAUGUAAAACUUGGUCAAAUUCUUUAGGGAAGCAAGUUCCAGGCAGGAGGUUAAUCUCAAAGGAAGGGCUGGGAGCCUGGAAUUUAUGGCAGAUGCAUCCGUGUAACCUUCCUACAUGGGGCCACCUGGUGGUUCAGUCUCACUGUUUCUCAUUGCCAGGCCUCCCCUGCCUCUCCAGAUCCCCUCUGGUCCUAACAUACAUUCUGAGUUAUGUAAUUCACAGAUUGUAACCUCACAGCCUGAGUCUCACCCUCCUUAGCAGGCCCCAGACUGAGGAGGAUGCCUGCUUAGUUUGCCCUGACAUCCUAGUUCAGGAAAAAGGGCUUAAGCCUCUUUCUCCAUCUGUUUCUAGAAAAACAACCGGCAAAAAAAAUGGGAUCUGGUUAGAAGAUCUGUUCCCAUGGCCCAGAGUAUUGCUUCAGGUUGAGCUGAAAAACAUAGAGACUGGAAAUACAGUGGAUGCAGUGGUUUCAUGAGAGCAACCAAUUAGCAUUCCAUUGUCUCUGGUAUCUACUUAUUUUAUUAUGAGUAGUUACCAAUAAAAAUGUGUAAAAGCAUUAUCUUGUUAUAAUUAACAACUGUACAUUGGGUUAAUAGGUGUGAUGAGGGUGGAGUGAACCACCUUGGGGGAGAAAUUGAGUCACAAAAGAUUCCCUGAUUCUCUGCUUGGAAAAAAUAAUCCCAGUUGUUUAUCUAUGUCCUGUUGUUAAACUCCUGUCUAAUUACAUAUGAAUCAGUAAGUGUUUCUAUGGUAAUAUAAAACACAAAAAGCAGCAAACAUGCCUUUAUAAAGGUGUUAUUAUAAUUGGGAAAAAUCAUUUACACACAUGGGUGUGAAGUUAUAUACUGGCCUAGAAAUACAUGUGAAAUUUGUCCUUAAUUGUAAGAUCUUUCUCAUGUUAACAACAAAAGAAUUAGAUGGUGUCCAUUGUUUUUUUCUUUUUUUCCUUAAAUCUUGGGUUUUAACCGAGAUAGCCAAUUGUUUUCACCUGUGGUCAGUUAGUAGGUGGCACAUAGGGUGCAGUACUGGGAGCUGCGCUGAAACUCAGAACACGCUUCCAUCUAUUGGUGAUGUCACCAGAGAGAAGAGGGGCCUUAUGUGGCUGCUUGCCAUUUAAGUGGCCCCUGUAAUUGGAUAAUAUCUAUAUUAUUCUUUAUAUCUAAACUCUGUCAUUAAAAUUUGCAUGCAAAUAAAGUUGGAGCAAAAGCAUGAUAUAUACAUUCAUGCAAAUAUGUAUAUAUAGUUUUUAGAAAUUUCAACAUGUUUUAGGUCAUUUGUCACCUAUGAAGAACAUGUAUGCAUAUUAUAAACCAUAGAAAAAUCUUUUUGGAUGCUGCAAACAAAAGAAAGAAAGCAAGCAAGAAAGGAAAGAGGGAAGGAAUGAAGAAAAGAAAAAAAAAGGAAAAGGAAAGAAAGGAAGAAAAAGAAAAAUUAAUAAUUUUUAUUAUCAGUGGCCACCCUUAUAAUCACCAUUCAGAUUAAAAAUGCUACCUGCAGACCUCAAGCCACCUUUGUGCCCCUCUCAGCCUCUGCCCACCAGUGCCAAGUGUAACAACUGUCUUGAUUUUAUAAGUCACAGAAUACUAUUUUCCAGGUUUGAUUUUUAUAAAAAAGGAGUAAUAAUACAGUUUGUACUAUUUUGUGGCUGUUCCCUCCCCCCCAAAAAAAUUGAUGUUUGAGAGUUUACCCCAUGUUGAUGUGGUUGUAUGUACUUCAUUCAGUCUCACUAACAUCUGGUUAAUUAAGCAAAGUGUUGUUUGAAAUAUAAAUAAGGAGAAAAAUGAUUUAUGUAGAUUGUUUAGAUCACAGUUUGGUAUGUAGGACUACAUGAGCCCUUAAAACUGUUGUCAAUUUACAGUAAUCAUUGGAAUACAAUUUCACAUAUAAACUCUGUUGCUUAGAUCCCCCCUCCAUGGAUGUUUCUUCUGGGAAGCCUUCCUAGACCUUGCCAUCAAAAUUGAAAGGCGCCUCUCUGCGUUCUUGGGAGACCUGGUCCAUUUCUCUGUCAGCUCUUGAGGUUUUGUAGCAAUUGUCCAUUGUCAGUCCUACCUGGGGCUGUGAGUGGGUCGCAGGGCCUGUCCCUCUUUGUUCCUGUGUGCCCAGCACAGAGCCUUUUCCAUCAGCAGUAUUCCACAUCUGUCUGUUGCAUGAAGAGAAAUCAAGGAGUUGUUCUACAUCACCAAGAAAACAUUCCAAUCUGUUUUUAUGUUUAAUUUUCUUGUAAGAGAUGGCAGCCUGCUAGGGACUGUACUGAGCAAGUUACAGAAACAGAAUUGACUCUCUGUGGUGAGGAAUUGUAAAGGAUCAGGUCUGGGAGGAUUUUUUUUCCUGUGGGUUUCACCCUUAGUUUCCCACCUUCACUGAUAAUUCCAGUCUCAACACGUCUCCUCAUUCCCUCAUGAGGCUCCCAUGCUAGAAUCUACAUUUCCCAGUUUUCCUCAACGUUGUCUCCUUGUCUCAGUGACUCACCACCUCAGGGCUAUCAGCUAGUCAUGACCGGAGGGUACAGGUGCUGAGGUGUGUUGCAUCCCCUGGCCACCCAGCUGAUCUGGAUGGCCUUCCGACUCUGGUAAUGCGGUGAUCUCUUCAGCCAAGAGACCUGCUGGGGGUGAGGACCAUGACCACUGCUUUGGGCCCACUCCAGCUUCAUUGUCAGCAUCAGGCCGAUUCCGUAGCUGGGAUGCUGAAUAUGAGAGCGUGGAGUGACUGAGAGCCCUAAGAAAUGAAAGUGAUGCCUGGCCUCCAAUGUCAGGUUUUGAUGUGGACAAUGGCACAUCUUCGGGACGGAGUCCCUUGGAUCCCAUGACCAGCCCAGGAUCUGGGCUCAUUCUCCAAGCAAACUUUGUCCACAGUCAACGCCGGGAGUCCUUCCUGUACCGAUCUGACAGCGAUUAUGACCUCUCGCCAAAGUCUAUGUCCCGGAACUCCUCCAUUGCCAGUGACAUACAUGGAGAUGACCUGAUUGUGACUCCCUUUGCACAGGUCUUGGCCAGCCUGCGAACUGUCCGAAACAACUUUGCUGCGUUGACUAAUUUGCAAGACCGAGCACCUAGCAAAAGAUCACCCAUGUGCAACCAACCAUCCAUCAACAAAGCCACCAUAACAGAGGAGGCCUACCAGAAACUGGCCAGCGAGACCCUGGAGGAGCUGGACUGGUGUCUGGACCAGCUAGAAACCCUGCAGACCAGGCACUCCGUCAGUGAGAUGGCCUCCAACAAGUUUAAAAGGAUGCUUAAUCGGGAGCUCACCCAUCUCUCUGAAAUGAGUCGGUCUGGAAAUCAAGUGUCAGAAUAUAUAUCAAACACGUUCUUAGAUAAGCAGCAUGAAGUGGAAAUUCCUUCUCCAACUCAGAAGGAAAAGGAGAAAAAGAAAAGGCCAAUGUCUCAGAUCAGUGGGGUCAAGAAGUUGAUGCACAGCUCCAGUUUGACUAAUUCAAGCAUCCCGAGGUUUGGGGUCAAAACUGAACAAGAAGACGUCCUUGCCAAGGAGCUAGAAGAUGUGAACAAAUGGGGUCUUCAUGUUUUCAGAAUAGCAGAGCUGUCUGGUAACCGGCCUUUGACUGUUAUCAUGCACACCAUUUUUCAGGAACGUGAUCUGUUAAAAACAUUUAAAAUUCCAGUAGACACUUUAAUUACAUACCUUAUGACCCUGGAAGAUCAUUACCAUGCUGAUGUGGCCUACCACAAUAAUAUUCAUGCUGCGGACGUCGUCCAGUCAACACAUGUGCUGUUAUCUACACCUGCUUUGGAGGCUGUGUUUACAGAUUUGGAGAUUCUUGCAGCAAUUUUUGCCAGUGCAAUACAUGAUGUGGAUCACCCUGGUGUCUCCAAUCAGUUUCUGAUCAAUACAAACUCUGAACUUGCCUUGAUGUACAAUGAUUCUUCUGUCCUGGAGAACCAUCAUUUAGCCGUAGGCUUUAAAUUGCUUCAGGAAGAAAACUGUGACAUUUUCCAGAACUUGACCAAAAAGCAAAGACAAUCAUUAAGGAAGAUGGUCAUUGACAUUGUACUUGCAACAGACAUGUCAAAGCACAUGAAUCUACUGGCUGAUUUGAAAACCAUGGUUGAAACUAAGAAAGUGACAAGUUCUGGAGUUCUUCUUCUUGAUAAUUAUUCUGAUAGGAUUCAGGUCCUUCAGAACAUGGUGCAUUGUGCUGACCUGAGCAACCCAACCAAGCCACUCCAGCUGUACCGCCAGUGGACAGACCGCAUAAUGGAGGAGUUCUUCCGCCAGGGAGACCGAGAAAGGGAGCGGGGCAUGGAGAUAAGCCCCAUGUGUGACAAGCACAAUGCGUCUGUGGAAAAAUCACAGGUGGGCUUCAUAGACUAUAUUGUUCAUCCUCUCUGGGAGACGUGGGCAGACCUGGUCCAUCCUGAUGCCCAGGACAUUUUGGACACUUUGGAGGACAAUCGUGAGUGGUACCAGAGCACAAUUCCUCAGAGCCCGUCCCCAGCACCUGAUGACCAGGAGGAGGGCCGACAGGGUCAAACGGAGAAGUUCCAGUUUGAACUGACUUUGGAGGAAGAUGGCGAGUCAGAUACGGAAAAGGAUAGCGGGAGCCAAGUGGAAGAAGACACCAGCUGCAGUGACUCCAAGACGCUCUGCACUCAAGACUCGGAGUCCACCGAAAUCCCCCUGGACGAGCAGGUGGAGGAGGAAGCGGUGGGAGAGGAGGAGGAGAGCCAGCCGGAGGCCUGCGGCAUUGAAGAUCCCUCCCCCGACACGUAACACCGCAGAGACCUCCACACCUUCCCUUGUGUUUUUUGUUUUUAAGUAGAGAAGUUGUUUCCAAAGUGCAUGUCACAUGCCACAACCAUAGUCACACCUCACUGUCAUCUGCCAGGACGUUUGUGGAACAAAACUGACCUUGACGGCUCAGUCUGGCGCUCAGGAAUACCGUCACCAGUUUUUUCACCUCCGUGUCAUCAGAAAGAGGGGGACAUCUUCGGAACAGCAUCUUCACGGGAUUUCAGCUCAGCAGAGCUGACCAAGCAGAGAAAAUCCACUCCAAAGUGUUUUCUAGGGAGUGUGGCUCAUCAGGCAGCCCAAAAGCAGAUAUGAUUUGGGGUUUCUUUUCUUUUUAUUUGUUUGCAAUAUUUCCAGCGGAAAGAAGGCAUUACAUGGACGGAGUGAACUAAUGGGUGAGGCAACCAAUGGGUCUGGAAGAGGACACAGUGUAAAUCUGUUGCCAGGAAGAAGAUGAGCCACAGAAAUUGCAUAAUUUUCUAAUUUCAAGUCUUCCUGAUACAUGACUGAAUAGUGUGGUUCAGUGAGCUGCACUGACCUCUACGUUUUGUAUGAUAUGUAAAACAGAUUUUUUGUAGAGCUUACUUUUAUUAUUAAAUGUAUUGAGGUAUUAUAUUUAAAAAACUACGUUCCGAACUUCAUCUGCCACUGGUUAUUUUUUUCUAAGGAGUAACUUGCAAGUUUUCAGUGCAAAUCUGUGCUACACUGGAUAAAUCUAAUUUACAAAUUUUACUUGCACCUUAGACUUCAUAGCAAUUAACUGAUUUGUAGUGAUCCAUUGUUUUAUAUACCAAUGACUUCCAUAUUUUAAAAACAACAAUUGACUUUAUGUUGCAGGAAACCCUCUUUGUAGGUCUUCAUUUACUCGCUUUUUGUUUCACUCUUUUCAGACACGCAAAGUUGCCCCCCACUGACAUUUCUCUUCACCGUGUGCAAAGUGAAUACUUGUUCAGUAAUACUUUGAUGUGCAUUCUGUCCAACAUGUCUCAAACCUCAUGGACACUCAGUCAUCAGUUGAUGUUGUCUGAAGCAAGUGAGAGAUAUAUAAAUAGCCAGUAGCUAAAAUGGACAGUCUUUUUUAGAUAUUUUCCUACUUAGUAUCUUCUGAUAACUUUUGCUGUAUUGAUAGACCCUCAUUUCACAAGUGCAUGUCUUUGUAAUAACCCUCACGUUUCAUGCUCAUUUUUAUUGUUUUCACCGUCAGUCAUAGUAAGAAAAACUUUUUCCCCUUGUGCUGCUUCAUUAUUUAGUGUGUGUUUGAACCUCUGUCCACAUUUACUACCUGUGGUCUUAUCAGCUCUAUCACCACCAUUCUGAUUGAUGCAAAGAACAGGUAGUCAAGUUAGCGUUAGCAUUCUUUUCUGCCAUUAGGUCAUAUGUAAUGACUAGCUUUUACUCUUGAUUUACAAAGAGACGUUAACAGCUAGCUAGACAAUUUUUAAUAAUAUUAGCAGAAUAUAUUAAUGAACACCAGUACAGUGAAUGCUCUUUCGUUUCUAUGAUUUCAUCAUGGGGUUAAGAACUCUAGGAGGAAUAUUCUUGAGAAGUGAUUUUAAGUGAAGCAAUGACUCUUCCUUAAUGGACAGACACGUAACAUGUGGGACUUGCUUUAUCAGUUGUCUUUGAUCCAUAAGUAUGUCUGGUGGAGGAGAAGUUUAAAUAUACUGACAGAAAGUCAGUAUAUCGAUGCCCUGGCACCGGAGGUUUGGCAAAAUAAUGCCAUUUUAAAAUACUGGGUUGGGUAAGAAGGUUCUGCCUUAAUCAAAAAUUAGAUAACUCUUGACUGAAUUUGGCAUCAGGAACUGUAUAAUAAUUUUAGAGAUUGAUUCCCAGUGUUUACCUUCAAUUGGCAUCUUGGGGCAUUUAUUUAGUUUGGACUCUCUUCCCAUUUCACCUCUUAAUAAAAUGUUCACCUUCUCCGUAAAGAAUUUGGAACCCAAAUAAUCAUUUUUCACAGUGAUAUCCAAGAACUCAAGAGGCUAGAGGACCAUCUGGCCAAAUGGAAAAUAAAUAAAACAGUUAAUGAAAUUGUAACCCUGAAAAACAUGUUGUGGAUGCCUCAAGGAGCCUUCUGAGGACUAACCGCUAAGUCACCAGCCAGGGAAAUGACCCGAGCUGAAGGUACUCUUUUAAUCCCCUGAAAUCCACUGAUGCUUAGAAACGUUGAUUAAAAUAUUAUCUAGCUUAGGCUUUUACAUAGAGCACAGCAUAGGACUUGCCUAAUUAUCAGAUUUCCACCCAAAUCCCCCUAUAAAAAUCAGACAGUAAUCUUUCAAAUAAAGUCCUUUGUUUGGCAAGUGGUCUCACAAGAACACGUGGAAACUUGUUUCCAUUUUAAUUUUAUUUGUCCCUGAUGGAGGUCUAGAAAAGAAGGCAAAGAAUCUAGGGUUUAUUCCUUUUUCCAAAAUAGUCUCCCCUCCCCCCCCCGCCCCAAUACUUGGUGUUUUCCCCACAGAGUGCCUAGUAUCUUAAUAAUGAAAAAAAAAUUAAAGCAGCAAUAUGUCACAAACAAAUCCAGACCUGAAGAGGUUUAUAACUGCACUAAAAAAGAGAGGCUGUUUUUUUUUUUUUUUCUCAAUUUGUUGGUUUUUAAUGGUCACAUGUUGUGAAGAUAUCCACUGAUGGACAAUCAAAUUGUAGAAAAGGCAUAUUAUCCAAAAGACAGGGACUAAUGCACUGUCUGAUCUGUUUUUCUCUCCCUUCUCUCUGUCUCUCUCCUCCUCUCUCGCCAAAGUGUGCUUCAGAAUUAUACACUGCUUUAAAAAGAACAUCCUUUUGUAAGUGGCUUUACAUUUCCUACAAUGCCAUAAGAAAAUGCAAUAUCUGGGUACUGUAUGGGGAAGAAAAUGUCCAAGUUUGCAUAAAACCAGUACAUUUCAGCUUGCAAGUUACUAAACACAAUAAUGCUGUUUUAACUUUAUUUUCUUUUAUGUCACUUAAAAUUCACAAGAAAAUAAUGUAGAUAGAACAAAUUGCAGACAAGGAAAAAAACUUGAAUGAAGUGGAUUUUACAGAAAGCUUUAAUGAUAAUUUUUGAAUGCAUUAUUUAUUUUUUGUGCCAUGCAUUUUUUUCUCACCAAAUGACCUUACCUGUAAUACAGUCUUGUUUGUCUGUUUACAACCAUGUAUUUAUUGUAAUGUACAUACUGUAACGUUAAUUGUAAAUUAUCAGUUCUUAUUAAAACAUCAUCCUGGGAUGGGAUGGUGUUGAUAUAUUUGGAAACUCUUGGUGAGAGAAUGAAUGGUGUGUAUACAUACUCCUUGUACAUUUUCUUUUCUCCUAUAAAAUAGUCUUGUCACCUUAGAGCUUGUUUAUGGAAGAUUCAAGAAAACUAUAAAAUACGUAAAGAUAUAUAAAAUUUAAAAAAACAUAGCUGCAGGUCUUUGGUCCCAGGGCUGUGCCUUAACUUUAACCAAUAUUUUCUUCUGUUUUGCUGCAUUUGAAAGUGAGGUCAUGAUGGGGCUAGGGCUGGGCAUUUUACUUCUGAUCUCUGAAUCAAUUGGAUUUCCAGCAAUGGCUGAAUUUUAUAGAACCACAGACAACCUCUGGAACAUUCUGAGACCCUUUUGAGAUAUAAGUCCUUAAGUACUUUUUGCCAUGAAGCAGUAUGGCAUAUAUCAUAGUAGUUUUCCCUAUCAGAUACUGAGCUACUUCAGUUAGUUACACUUGAUUAUUUUUUUUUAAUUUCCAAACACUACUAGGAAAAUAUAUUCUUGCGCACUGAUUAUAAAAAGUCUUUUUUGGCUUCUAGAGCACAUGAGCAAUUGAACUUGAUUUAAAACUAGAGUCAUAGGUCACAUGUGCUAUAUAGUAAUUUAUUCCUUGGCUUCCGCUCAUGUAAAGUUAAUAUAUAAUAUGAAAAAGGUCAUUUUUGUAACCCUGAAAUUUUUCUUCAGCUGAGAGCAACCAAAAUUCCUUAUAUAUGUAAAUCCAUAUAUUGGAACACAAAAUUUUAUAUGACGCAAAUUCACUCAGCACAAUGGACUCAUUAUUCUCUAGAAUGUUUCUGCAAAACUUACAUUGCUUUAGAAUUCUUAAAUUUAAACUUGUGCAAUGACCAGCACCCAAAGUCUAUGAAAAAUGCCGGUAGAUGAUGUGGAAAACUCCCUCCACUGCUGCCCAGCCCUCAGGACAUGUGACUUCGUCAAAGGAGAGAUUCUUUUUUCUAGGAAAAAUGAGCCUCUUUUUAUUUUAUUUUGUUUUAUUUUAUUGACACAAACUGUAGAUUUUAGCAGCCCUGGCCCAAAGGAAUUUGAUUACUUUUGUUUUAAACAGUACAAAGGGGACACUAUGGUUACAAAAAAAAAAAAAAAGAAAAAAGAAAAAAAAAUCCUUACUGUUUAGUUGUUUUAAAUUUUAUUUCUUUGGAUAUGUUUUCAGAGUGGUAAAUUGUGUGUGAGCAUUACAAAUGAUGAUUCUUUUAGUGGUUUCUUAGCCUCUCUUACAGCCCAUGGGGAUAGUACUGUACAUCAAUACCUUCAUAUGAAAUUUUUAUAUGCAAUGAAAAUAAAAGCAUGGGUUGAUUCUGCCUA